GUUUAUUAUGUUGAAGCGGUUGAAUGCUGCGUGCGCGUCCGACAAACAGAACGUAAACAAAUCAUUCAAGCUGCUAGUGGACUGUAAACUUCAAUGAUUUCAGUAUUAACGCUAUGAUAUAUCUUUGUAGAUACACACAGAUUGUUGUUUAACAGUAUGUAUUUUUAACGGUUGUUCCGAAUAACAGUGAACACUUCGCGGACGCGUCCGUUCUCCGUUUAAAAUGAUAUAUCCUCUUCCCUUGAUCUACACACCGGUGCGGUCCGUCUUGGCAAUCUGGCACCAGCUGACCAAGGCUGAGAUCCCAGAGCUGGCCAAGUGCUCGGUGCUGAUGAGGGAGCGCAGCAGAGUGGAGGAAACAAUCCACGCCAUGCAGCGAGCUGGUGCAGGCAGCCUGCAAGUAAUCUCAGACUUUGAUAUGACGUUGACCAGAUUUGCCCACAAUGGAAAGAGAGUUCCCACCACGCACAACAUCCUGGAUAACCAAUUGUUGAUCGAUGAAGAUUGCACUAAAAAGAUGAGGGAUCUGUUGAACACCUACUAUCCCAUAGAGAUUGAUGCUAGCAGGACUACAGAAGAAAAGCUGCCUCUCAUGGUGGAGUGGUGGACUAAAGUACACGAGCUGCUGAUUCAGCAGAGGAUCAGGAAGGACAUGCUGGCCCAGGCUGUCAGGGAAUCCAGCGCUAUGCUCAGGGACGGCUACAAAGUGUUUUUUGACCGUCUAACGGAGCAGCAGGUCCCUCUGUUGAUCUUCUCGGCUGGCGUUGGCGACGUCUUGGAGGAGGUGAUUCGACAGAACCACGUCUUCCUUCCCAAUGUCCACAUCAUCUCCAACUACAUGGACUUUGACCAGACUGGGGUCCUGAAAGCCUUUAAAGGCCAGCUGAUCCACACCUUCAACAAAAGGGAAGGUGCUCUGUCUCGUGCAGCUGGCCUCAGGGAGCUGCACGGUCGACCCAACGUGCUGCUGCUGGGAGACUCUUUAGGAGACCUGACCAUGGCUGACGGCGUCUCAGAGCAACAGAACAUCCUCACCAUCGGCUACCUCAACGACCAGGUAGACGAGAGAAAAGAGUCGUACAUCAACUCCUUUGACAUCGUACUGGUGAAGGACGAGACGAUGGACAUUCCUAACGCCAUCCUCAGAUACAUAACCUCAUCAAGAGACAGGAAGUAAGAGGCACGGAGGGACAUCAUACACAGAUGGACUUGUUCACUCCAUUCACCAUGCUGCACGUUGGACAAUUGCACAUAAUCACUUACCUCAAAUCCCAACUUGAGACUUUUUAUUAUUACACUCUGUGUUUUUACUGUAUGUCAAAAGCCAUCUUACCAAAAUCGAGAUUUUUAAAGAUCUAAAUUAGGUUUAACAUUUGCAUUAGUAUAGAAGAAUCUGUGAUUUGUGCCAGUAUUGCAACUUCACAGACGAAUAGAGAGCUGGGUAAAACUCUUUUCUUCCUGCUGUUUAACUUGUUUGAGGGAAUCAUCACAGUGUCUUGAUGAAAAAUGUACCGCCAAAAAGGCAACGUACCACCAUAACAGAACUUAUUGCAAGGAUAAUUUAUAUGGUCUUUUUUCAAAUGCAUAAAAGAACAUACAUUGCAGUACCAGCAGCUCUCCCUCUGAAAACAAUUCAGCAACCUUUUAAACAUAUCCAUAUAAAAUAUGACAGGGUAUAUUUCUAAAUGUUCUGUCCUCUUUUCAGUACA